AGCCGAGCUGGUGUGUUGUCUUGCUGUCAAAAUUUUUCAUUCAAGCUGCAGUCGCUCUGCAGUGCGGUUCGUCGGGUUUUCAGUGUUCCCUUGUCCCAGAUUUUAGUUUCUUUCUCGGAAUCACUGACUCGUCAAAAGAUUAUUGUCCAAUUCGUAGACGAGGGCAAUGGUGAAGUGUUUUUCUUUUAUCAAUGAAUAAUGGUGCUGACAUUACAUCAUUGAAACGCAGCUGAUUGCAAAGAGUUGAGAGUUUUUCAAUGUCGCAAAAAUGUGUUGGUGAUUCUUUGCACAACCUGCUGAGAGAUAGUUCCGGAGCAAGGGCUUGCGGUAAAAUGGCAAACGAGCUAAGUGUGAUACAGUGGACGAGAGAGAAUGUGGCCGAAUGGGCCCGGAAAGAAUGCCUGAACCGGAAGAUUAUCGAGUGCAUAGUGAAGGAAGACAUCGACGGAAAGUGUUUGCUGACGUUGUGCGAAAAUGAUAUAAAAAGCUUACGGGAAAAGUAUUCCUAUGGGCUUACCUUGGGUGAUAUGAAACGGUUUUGGUUUUCGGUGCGUUUGGUGCAAAAGCAGAAUGUAACGACGCUGGCCUAUUUGGGGAUGCUUCCCACAAACGGUGGCGAAGGGUUGGGACACCAUCAUCAUCACCACCAGCACCAUCAUUCCCUGCUGUCCAGUUUGGGAACUAGCUAUGCUUCGGCGGAUAUCAAUUUUAGCGAAAUUGAACGGAUUUCGCCACCCAUGUCGAUAGACGGCAGAGCGACUUGUAUACAGCCGGAAUUCUUCAAGACAAUGAUAAGCUUAGGUUAUGCUUUCCUGGUCACUUGGAUAACCGCCUUCGUAAUGGUGGUCGUGCACGAGCGAGUACCGGACAUGAAAAAAUACCCCCCUCUUCCAGACAUUUUCCUCGACAACGUUCCGCACAUUCCCUGGGCUUUCCACAUGUGCGAAGUUACGGGCACACUGCUUUUCUGCAUCUGGGUUUGCGUGCUGGUAGUACAUAAGCACAGGAUGGUAUUAUUACGGCGCUUCUUCGCGUUGGCCGGAACCGUGUUCCUGCUGCGGUGCGUGACGAUGCUGAUUACAUCAUUGAGCGUACCGGGAACACACCUGGAGUGCACCCCGCAUGAUCACAAAUUCGACGAUAGCUCCAGUGUUCGGAUUACGGAAAUGAUCUACCUGCGCAUCAGCCGGGCUUAUACCAUCUGGAGCGGGCUGGGAAUGUCGAUUCAGGGCGUGAGGACCUGUGGCGACUAUAUGUUCAGCGGCCAUACGGUGGCGUUGACAUUGCUCAAUUUUUUCAUUACAGAAUAUACCCCUCGUAAUUUGUACUUUCUGCACACGCUGACCUGGCUUCUUAACAUGUUCGGAAUAUUUUUCAUACUUGCCGCACACGAACAUUACUCAAUCGAUGUGUUUGUCGCGUUCUACAUAACUUCCAGAUUAUUCCUGUACUAUCACACGUUGGCUAAUAAUCAGGCACUUAUGUCGCACGAUUCCAACCGGACGCGCAUCUGGUUCCCCAUGUUCAGCUAUUUCGAAAGCUCGGUCGACGGUAUAAUUCCCAACGACUACGACACGGUCAACGGAGUGUUGUACAAGUUGUUCGAGUGUGUCUUGUACAUGAAGGAUGUUUGCAUGCUGACGGCACGACGAUUCUGGAUCGCCCAUGGCAAUAUGGAAGCUCUACGGGAAAAGCAUAAGCAUUUGUUGAGUGCUAACACUCAGUUGCUAUUCCCGAAUAACCUCGGUACAGCAGGAGGUGGAGGAGGAGGAACAACAGCUACCGCGGCUGAUGGAAAGCCCGCCAAAUGUAACAAUAUAAACGUGGAUACCAAUGCCAGCAUGAAGCGGAAAUCGUUUAGCAAUUCUCCGGUGGAGAAAACAUUUCCAGAGUUAGAAGAGAAAGCCAACGACCUCAGUAAAAAAGAAUUGUAAAUGCGAAGCGAUACCAUUCUAUACUAAUGUUUCAAGGGGCAUAACUUACUAGUUUUCUUAUGCAAUGUUGGAGAAUAUUUCUGUUGAAUAAGCUAUGAGAAGUUAUAAGUUAUUUGUUAACGUAGAUGUAUUUGUUGCUACAUCUUCAAAACUCAAACUAUUUAAUAUCUAAGGAGGGUUAGCAUCUUAUUUAUUAUAAUUUCAGUUAGAUCAAAUAUGUGAUAUUAUUUGGAACGAAAUAGGAAAUACAAAAAUUUGGUUAGCAAACUCAAGCAAUAUUCGCUGUCAAAAUCAAAAUGAAUGAUCUCUGCAGAACUUUUUCAUGAAAUAGAAUUUAAAUAUGGCUCCUUAAACGCAAGUAACAGAUAUUCAUUCAUACAUAUUUAAUUCCAUCCCUUCAUUUGGCACUCAUCAUCCUAACACUUUAGAAAGAACAACAGUAUGACUCAGAAAACUUGGCACUAGUAUUAUAAUUUUAAUGCAAUGGAGGAUUAUACAAACUAGGGCAGCGUAAGCCAAAAAUACUAACUCCUUUUUUCAAAUCCUGCUGAAUCGUUGAUAACAAUGUUGAAACACAUUAAACGACUUCUAUUAACAGUUGAAUAUGAAACUACAUUAAAACAGAACUGUUUUACAAUAGAGAAAAUUGUUUAUCUAGUCCAGAAAGCUAUUUAAACUGACUGUAUGCACCAUUACCGUCGUUCUAGGAUUUACAUUCUUCCUAAUAAGUAGUAAGGUUUUUCAUGGAAACUAGUAAACGUACUCUUCUUCCUGCAAGCUUACCAACCAAAUAAAAACCAAAAGAUCAAAGAAAA